CUCUGAAGAAAUCUAACUCAGAACAAUGUUUCUAGCAAUGAAAUUCAAUGACUUAAAUCAUGUUGUAAUUCUACACUGAUGUCAAAACAAUUAAAGUAGAAAAAGUGACCAAAGACUGAAAGAGACACUCCUGUCUAGUCCUGGGAAGAUUAUGUUACUUUGAUGUAGAAGAUAAUAUGACAAGAUCAUGUGCAGAAUGACAUUGUGAAAUUUAAUAAAUACAAAACUAUGAGCCAGAAAAUGAAAUCUGGUUCUUCUAAAGGAGAUGUGUCCUAUGUCAGAGCAACAGGUGCUUCCCCCCAGCUCCCCAUGGCACCCUCUCCCUCUCUGAUGAGAGACGGCAGUCACACCCCAGUGUCACAGAUGUCCAGCAUGGAUAAUGACUGGGAUGACCGAGACGAGAUUCGUCAGCGUGAGCUAGAGGAAGCUAGAGGUCGAGUGUCACAAAUGGAGAAAACGAUGAGGUGGUGGUCAGACUGCACAGCAAACUGGCGGGAAAAAUGGAGCAAGGUCAGGAACGAGAGGAACAAAGCCCGGGAGGAGAAUCGUCAACUUCGUGCUAAACUGGAACAGCUUGUAAAAGAGUGCACCGUUCUGAACAGAGAAAAGCAAGAAAUCCUAACGGAAAAUACCAAACUGAAGAAAGCACACCCAGGGGGGACAACAGAAGGUGUUAAAAAAGAAGUGGAAAAUAAAGAGAGUAAAUCUGCUGAAAGUGAAAAGAACUUUGAGGAAAAAGAAGUCAGUGUGCAGAUGGAGAAUAUGAAUCAGGAGGAAGGAAGCAUAGUAGAGGAAAAAGUGACCCUGUUUGAACUGAAACUUGAUGAAGCACAGAAAACUCUUCUUGCUGAGAGGGGGGACAAAACAUCACUCAUGAAGACCAUUGAAAAGCUGCAGAUGGACCUUGGUGCCAUGAAGCAGAAAUAUGAGGAUAGCAAAAGAUCAAAGCAGGAUGUGCUGCUUGAGAUUGCUAAACUAAAAGAGGACCACCGAGGAGAAAUUGAUCGCCUUAUCAAAGAUGUUGAUGAGGAAAUGAAUAAUAAGUCUAUGGUAGACAGAAAACUGAAUGAAGUCAGAAAGGAGCUUGAGCGGCUCCAGAGGGAAAAUGCUGAUGAGUGGGGUAAAAGGGAGAGAUUAGAGACAGAGAAGCUGGCCUUGGAGAGAGAAAAUAAAAAAUGUCGAGCACAAAUUCGUGACUUGGAAGAGCAGCUAGAAAGCAAAAAACAGCAAAACUCAGCAGUGGUGGACUCGGAUGUGAGAGGCCUACAGCAGGAACUGAAUGAAAAAGCAAAGGAGUUGAUAGAUCUCCGUCAUACUCACACGAAAUUGAAAAAGACUUUCCAAGAAAGACAGACUGAUCUUGAUCACUCUCGACGAAGAGCAGAGCAGUAUGAAAUGGAAGUUAAAAAACUCCGGACCAGGAUUGAGGAACUGAAGAAAGAUCUCGCAAAUGCUGAGGAUGAGGCUGAUAACCAGGCAAAUCUCUAUCGUAAAGUACAGCGUACAAAUGACGAGCUGCAGGAGCAGAUUGAGAAUUUACAAGUUCAGCUUAAUCACACGCAAAGCAGGUUAAAGAGAAGCAGUCAGACUGGAUUAAAUGUAAUGACUGCCAGUCUGAGAUCCCUAGAUCCUGCAGAUCCCGAAAACAAUGACAGCGACGAGGACGACGUUUACUGAUGAUACAGUCAUAAGAUUACGGUGCACUCAUGAAUUUAAGGACUAUUGGUACAGGAACUAUAAACUGAAAAGUUUCAGUGUUGUCAAUUAAACUGCUUUCACUUUCAAUUUCUGUGCUCAAAGCACUUGAAAUGUGUCCAUCAAUAUACUUGGCUGUAAAAGUGAAGCAUGUGCCAAUCUCAUAUUAAAAUGAGAAUCUUAGAUCCUCUCACUUAUUUUACGUUGUAUGUUACGAACUAGGUGAGCGAAUCAAAGGAUCUGAUUUUGAUUUGAUUUGAGUCUGUGCCAACCUGAUUGACAUUCCAUGCUCUGAAAGAGAAGAUCUUUUGUGUGUGUACAAUUUUUGUACCAUUCGAUUAUAUACAUUAUCACAUUCACGUUUAUUUCAGAGUAAUGAUCUGACAUAACUUUGUCUCAUUCUGUGUGCUUUAAGUUAUAUAUGAGGACAUUUGGAUAUUUUUUAAAAGAUUGAUUUUACAACUGUAUUACGGUAUAUUUUAUAGAACACUAUCCUUGUCAACAUAUCUGCUGAAAAUUAUGUAUGGUUGUGCUUAAUAGCAGGUUAUUUUAUUUGUGUACUUGUAUUAAUCAUGAGUUUAAUGUGUGUUAUAUGAAUUGAUAUUUAAUAUAGUUUUUUAUUCAUUAUCAGAGUUUACAUGCACAUGCAGUUAUGGUAUAUUAUUUUGUAUCUUGUUAAUUCAUAUCACUUUCCCCCCCCCAAUGUUUAUUGUAUAUGACGUAAUUGUUUAAUGAUGUGCAUCAGUCUGACAAACUCUGAUCUGUUAAGAUGUGUAUUUCAAUAACAUGAGUUUCAUGUAUUUAUUGAUUACAAGCAAAUCAUAUUGAUCAUACAUGCAUACAGUGAAUGUAACUGUACAUGUGUUUUAAUUGCAUGUUUACUAGAGAAUUUAGUUUAUAUAGGGAUAGAUAAAUUAAUUGUAGAUUUAAUCCAUUCUCUAAAUUGAACUGAAAAGUAGUUUUAUAUAUACCCUAUAAUGUACAUUGUACAAAAAUAUUUUGAAAAUUGGAUUUUGUUUUUUGAAAACAAGAUUAAUCGAAGGGUUGAUUAAAAGAUUUAGUUUUUCCUGACUAAAAAUUUGAAUGAUGAGAAAAAUUAUCAAUUCAAUACCAAAUUUCUUUUAACGUUGACUUUUGCAUCAUAAAAAUCGUUAUAAAUAUACAUAAGAAUCAUUUCAAAUAUACAUAAAAAUCAUUUUUUAAUAUACAUAAAAAUCAUUUUUAAAUAUAUGCAUCAUUAGUUUGAAAUUGCAAUGUGAACUUUUUAUUUACUGAAGGGUACAAUGACUAACAGCUGUCAGUUUCGUCGUCUCUUUUGCAUUAAUGCUCAUUUUGCAACCAUAAUCACAAGUUCAUCGAUUCUUUUUUAUUGCAACAUGUAUUUGAAGUUACCAUUGUUUUCCUUUGAAAAAAAAAUGUGCAAUAAGAUUUUUAUCAGUAGUGAAAAAUCAAAACGUUUGUUGAAUUGUAUACAUCCAAACAUUUAUUUAUUUCAUAUUGCUUUUCAGACAUAUAGUUGGGUUUUUUUUGUUGUUUUUUUUAAAUUUUUUUAUUGACCACAUUUUCAUUUGGAAAUAUAUUUCAAAAUCGAACUGUUGACAGAUAUACACUUGAACUAAAUUGAUAGUGUAUUGGUAGGGGUGUUACUUUAAUUAUGAUUUAUAUGAUGACAGUUAAACUGGCAGAUGUAUUUGUUGUUUUGCACCAUACAUGUAUAAAUCAAGUUUGAAGGGGAAAAAACACAAUAGUUUUGACAAGAAAUACUCGUAUAUAUAGUAUGAUUGUCAUCACUCAAUUUCAUAGUCUAUGUUAGGCAACAAUGCAGGCAUUUGAAAUAAACAUUGUUCAAAAGAGAAAAA